AUUGUUGUGAUAAACUUAUUAAAUAGAAAGGUCAUGCAAUGAAAUUUUUUGGAAAGAGUAAAAAAUCCACGCCUCCUGUCUCGGCUGCGGUGAGUACCCCGGACAUUGCCUCCUCGUCCUCAGAUAGCAAAACAAAGUCACAAGAAUUAUUGAGUGCGAGUGGGGGACCGAGUCUUAAUCGGAACAGCCUUCGUGCCUCUUCUGAUUCGCUGAAUGUGAAUCACUAUGCAUACCCUUCGAUUAAAGAGAAGAAUUUGAAGGAUAUCUUCAAGGCCGUCUGGUCGGAUGAUUUUGUGAAAGUGAGGAACUCUCUGGCUAAGAAUAAAACGAAACCAGAUGCGAGAGACAACGAGAAAAGAUCCCCUCUGCACUUGGCGGCAGUUAAAGGCAACCAGGCCAUCAUGCAGUUGCUGAUGCAGAAGAACUUCAACAUUAAUGCUGUCGACUCACACGGGGCCACACCACUCAUCAAGGCUGUUCAGAACAAGCACGAGAUGAUGGUGCAGAUGCUGUUCUCGGCUAAGCCAGCGCCAGACACUGAGGUGAGAGACAGGGAUGGACUGGGGGCCAUACACUAUGCAGUGAGACUCAACUGGUCACAGGGACUGAAGCAUCUCCUCAAGAACCACGGCACAAACCCUAACCUACCUGAUAAUGAUGGUAACACUGCACUGCAUAUUGCUUGUGAGAACAACUACCUGUCAAUUUGUUCAGUCCUGCUGGCUCAGAGGGCAGAUGCAAAUGUGCAGAACAGAAACCUCAAGACUCCUCUCAUUCUGGCGGCCGAGCAGGGCUAUGGGGAAGUGGUGUCCGCAUUAGUGGAGGGCGGCCAUGCAGAGGUACUCCUCAAGGACGCUGAUGGAUGGACUGCAUGCGACAGGGCCCAGAUGAACGGCUAUAAGGACAUCCACAAGUACCUGAAGGGCAAGGAAAACGAAAUGCAAGGAGGCAGACAUGCCAGCAGCAGCAAUACACUCGAAGGCGAAAAUGAAGAAGAAAGACAGCAAGAAGAAGGAAAAGAUACUGAGGUGGAUGAGGAGCAAGUUGGAGAAUCGGCCUCAAAUCCACCGAAGGAACACAAUGGCCACAAGGAGAAGAAAGAUACACAGAAUAAUGGUAACGACGACGAAGACGCUGAUGCACGUUGGUUUGGAUCUGACUCCGAGUCAGAGGACGACUCUGAGGGCAUAAAUAUAAGUAAAUCUGCAAACAACAAGGUGACUUCCGAAAGCCUCUCGCCAGAAAAAGACGAAGUGGAGAAUGGCCCGGACCCUCAAUUGUCUCCACGACAACUGUCGGAUGGAUUCGGUUCAUUCGACGACGAUGACUCGUUGUCGCUCAAUUUUGGAAACAACAAACGUGAAAAAUCCAAGCCUGUGCUGACAAACUACGUAGAGAAUGGAGAUACAACAGAUGGGAAAACUGGUGGAGAAGCGAGUAAACCAAACCGGAUCGGGUCUUUUGGCUCUCUUGCGAACAAUGUCAUUGGGAGAACAAUCUCUGAAAUUGAUGAUGAUUCCCACUGGGGCGACACUGAUACUGAAUUGAAGUCACAUGCAGACAAGGAGGGAGAGAUGAACAAUCCAAAAUCAACUCAUACACACUCUUCAGAUGUGAAGAUUGUAGCAAACGGAAAGGCGCAUUUAGCUAAUGCAAAUCUAUCUUCUGAAAUACUAACCGACCAUGCAACUUCACGUGGAGACGAAGAACCGAGUUCAUCACAUGUACAGAAGAAUGUAAAUAAUGUAAAAAGCGAUGUGCGAAAUGUAAGCAAGGAUGGUGAAGAUGUAAAUAAUAAUGGUGUACAGAAUGUAAAUAAACAAUCAGACAACAAAAACAAUAGUCAUAAAGAUGAUGAAGAUGACGAUGGUGUAAAUAUGGUGGGUGGCGAUUCAGCUCCAAACCGAAGUUCGAAGCCAGAAAUGAAAGCAGAACGUAAAAACAGUUUGGACUUGGAUUUUGAUUGCAGCUUCUCAGAUGAUGAUGACAUAUUUUCCGAUGUCCAGCUGAAUAAUGGAGCGACCUUGAGCCAAAACAAAAAUGCAGUUCAGCUGAAAAAGCAGGAAAAUGUUGACAAUUCAAAUAGUUAUAAUAUGAAUAAAACUGAAGUGGCAAAAAGUGCAGAUAGAAUGAACAACGAAAUUGAGAAAGUAAAGAAAGUUCCGAACAGGCAGGCGUCGGAGACGUUUGAUGAGCUGAACUUUGACCUCACUGAGUCAGGUUCUGAAAAUGAAGCUGAUGAAAAUGCUAAAGAAGAAGAUGAAGAAGAGCGACUGAACCAGAGCAUAAAGGACCUUCUGGGUCCGGAGUAUCCCCGGGUCACUUCUCCGAGGCAGUUGCCGCCCCUGGCAUCGGACCAGAGGACGAAAAGCAGAUGCAGCCUGAGUAGCCAAGAAGACCAGCUAUCUCCCAGAGCGAAGCCAGUUCUCAAGCCAAUCACUUCAUUCGAUAGUGGCACUAGUGCAGCUAACAAAGAGGAGAGACUGAAAGAGCGGAUGAAGUUGCAGGCUAGUGGAACCAGAAGUCAAACAGUGUCUAUGAGUGUAUGUGACGGUAGUAGUCCUCAAGAGGAGAUUAAGGACUUGGAGUUCGCAGGUCGAGCAACGGAUCAAGAAACUGAACAAAAAGGAGGAUUUGACAUGGAAAAGAAUAUGGCUGACACUCCUAAAGCGCUUCCUAGAAGCAACAAAGCUGCUGGAAAGGCUAAAAAGGAUUACGACGAGUCAGAAGAUUUCUCCUUUGGAACAGAUAAAAACUCAGCUUCACAGCAGCCCAAUGGGAAAGGAGACAAGGACAAAGAGUACCCAUUGACUAGUACCUAUUUUGAUUCUUCCGAGGACGAGACUGCUGCCCAGGAUGAGUUGGAGAAACAACGGCAACGAGAGAAAGAAAUCAACAGUACCGAACAGUUGCUGCAUAAUGACGAUGACAGGUUGUUCGAGGUGGAAGACGUGAAAGAGAUAGAGAAAGGCGAAAAGAUUUCGACCAAUGUAGAUGCAUACAAAGUGAGUGCUACUCUGACAGCAGAAGAAGCAACCCCAGUCUCCGCAAUGUACGAACAGGAGGAAGAGGAUGCUGAUAGCAUGGAUUGGGAUAGUGACGUCAGUGAGAGUGAGGACAAGAGGAAGACGGAGGGAGGAGUGGGGGGAUCGAAUGUACCAGUGGAGGCCAAUGUUGUAGUGCAGAACAGUCCAUCAGAGGAUAUAAUGAGGCCACCCUCCGCCUCCCCUUUCGACUCCGAGGAGGAAGAAGAAGAUAACGAUAAGAACAAAGACCAGAAGAAAGGAGAGCGAGCAGUAGAAACAGGGAACAUGUACGAGAAAGCGAACAGUACAAUGGACAACAGCAGAGUCAGCACAGCGUCGGACAACGAGAACAAUCCAGAUAAAGCGAAACAGGAGACCAAACCCGAAUAUCUUUCCAAAAGGACUACUGGGGAGCUAAAUCUGGAUGUGAUUGGAACUAAGGCUGCGAAAGUAGACUCAACAAAAUUGCUGCCUACAAAAGAUAAAAAGGACACAAAUAUUGAGAAGGUGUCUUUGGAUGUCAUGGGAAGAGAUUUGCAGCAGGAUAAAUCCAAGUCCAUUUGGGACGACGAUGAAGAAGACGAAGUUGACAGGACUGAGACUAUAAGCUCGUGGGAGAUUGAGAACCGAAAUCGCAGACAGAAACAGGACAAACCAGAAGACAAAUCCAACAAUGUCCUCCAAGAGGUGCUGGAGGACUCCUUGGUGAAUGUGGACUGGGCAGAGAAUAACGAGAAUAAACUGGAAGCAGGCGUGGGAGGAGAACUAGGAGACGACAUGCUCUCCACCCGAAACGAGAAAAAAGAAUCCGAGUCUGAAGAUGAGAUUGAAGUCGGGUUCAGAGCAGGAAUGGCAAACAGUCUAGUUGUUGGAAAAGAAGACAGUUCUGUGAAUGAAGUGAAGAUUGCAGAAAAUGCCAGAGGGGGUUUGUCGAGUGCUGAUGUUGAUGGGGGUGCAGGUGGUGGCAGCUUGCUCAUUCCCAGUGUGGAGGGAGGGGGAGACCGAAUUCCGAGCACCCCUUUUCCUUCCAAAAAUAUAGACAAUCGCGAGCUGAAAGUGACAUCAAAUGCAGUAGACAAUAAAGCAGAAGAUCAGGACAUGAUUGAAAGUUCACUCAGUGAGGAAUCGGCGACAAAUGCCCUGCCUAAUGGGGCGAAUCACGAGGACAAUCAAAACGGAGUAGUUGACAUUAACUCAGUGAAGAAGAAGACCAAGUCGGAAGAUGGCGUAAUAAUGACGUCAGAAGAGGAGGAUGAUGACGCAAUGGAUGGCGAGGAGGAGGCGGACGUGAGUUCGAAGAGUGCGCUGUUUUCGCCUAGACUGUUGGAUCUGAAGAAACAAGUGACUUCGUCUAGUGGUCUGGUGGGAUUGAAGAAUCAAUUCAGACAGCAGAGGAGGGAUUUGGAGAGGGAGCAGAUGGAGAGGAAAGAUAGUGAGAGGAGGGCUCACACAUUUCAACAACAAGUGCAACAGCUGCAACUGAAGGUGCAGAAUCUGAACAAGGAAAAGGAGGCUUCGGAGGAGGAGAUUCUGCAGCUGAAGAGCGAACUAAAAGCCCUACAACAGCAACUGGAGCAGGAGAUGGAGAACAGACAGUUGAAUGAGCAGUUGUUGAGUCAGAGGGCGACCCAGCUGGGCAAAGUGGAGAGGGAGUUGACGAGGGAGGUGGGGGAGAGAGAGGAGGCCCAGAGGCAGGUCAGACAGCUGCAGAUGCAACUCAACGAGGCACACUCCAAACUCAAGAGUGCGGAGCACCUGUCCACUUUGAACUCCCCUCGUGCAGUGUCUAGGAACGAGAGUCUCCACUCACAUCACAACAGCAGGGCAGACCAGAGUCGGGCGAGUGGGACUGGGAAGGAUCUGAUGGGCACAGACGACACCAGUCUAGCCCACCAGCUGGAGGAGAACUUGGCCGAACAGAACAGCCUACACGAGCAGAUAGAUGAGUUGACAAACAAGAAUGUGCAGUUGAGUCACCAGUUGGAGGAGAGGAGUAGGGAGAAGGCGGAGAUGGAGAAUGGACUGCACAGACUGAAGGGAGACAUGCAGAGGCUGCAGGAGGAGAAGGCAAAACUAAUGGAUGAUUUGGCAGCUGAGAAGGCGGACAGGAAAGAGUUGAGUGCGAAGUUUGAGUCGGAGAGACAGAACAGUGCAGACAAACUCAUAGCUCAGGACAAGCUGGAGUCUUUGCGUGAGGAUCUGGCAGCCAAGACUCAGGUGGUGCAGAGACUGGAGUCAGAAGUGGAGGCAAAGAGGGACCAGAUUGAGGAGUUGAGAACCCAACUACACAACACGCAAAUGGACAACACCCGCAUCACAGCUGAGCUCACCCACAUACAACAGCAGAUUAACUCGGAAAAAGAGAAACACGAGGAAACUAUUGGGACGCUGAAGAAGGAAAAAGAAGAGUUGGCAGCUCAGCUGAAGAUACAGACAGCCUCGUGGAGUGAGCGCGACCAGAACACUCGAGGAGAGACAGACAGGCACACUCUGGAGUUGCAGGAGACACUGAGUGAGUGCAGGAGGGAUCUGGCCAUAGCGGAGGCCAGACUCAAGGACCAGGAGGAGCUGAGGCGCAUGAGCCAGGAGGAGGUUCUCCAGCUGAAGAAGGAGGUCGACUCGCUCAGGAAGCAGGUGGAUUCUCUGCUGAAGAAGAACUCUGAUGUGGAAGUAAGGAACUCUGAACUGUCAAUCAAACUGUCUAUUCUGGAGGAGAUGAGGGAGAAGCAACCGGACGCACAGCAGAAGCUGGAACAAUUGAGAGAAGACCUCUUGGACAAUCAGCACGAGAAGCGCCGACUUGCCUCCGAAUUAAAACACGAAGUAGAAGCGAAAGAAAGAGCCAUGCAAAGGGUGGAUGAGUGCGAAGAGAGCAUUGAGGCUCUCAAAUCACGGGAGGAAAAGUUACAGGAUGCUCUAAUUGAGAUUAGGAAGUCACCGAAACAUGAUCAUCAUUCCAUUAUAGGAAAAGGAGGAAGGGCAAAUCACGCGUUCUCAAGUAAGGCGGCCUUUAAAAACCAGACCAAGCAGUCUCAAUUAGGGGGAGGGCCAGGAGGGGCGGAAGAGGGUGAGGAGGAUUUCAUUUCUAUGGACCUCUCUCAGGGAAGACAGCUGGAGAGUGGAGUGCCACUUCAGAAUGGUGGUGUUUCGAACUUGGACCAAUUGGUUGGAGCUCAGCUGCAAGGAAGAACUAGUCAGGCUAAAAACAACCAACAACUGCAAGGACUGGAGAAUGAAAUUGAGGCAAAGAGAGCGAAUAAUGCUCUUCACCAAUCACAGCAGCCCUAUUUGAACCAAUCAGCAGCUCCCAAUCUCUAUCACCAACCGCCCACUCACCCAGUCCAAACAGGCGCUGAUUUGGCCAACCAAUCUCAACUGAGCAACCAGUCAAUGACCAUGUCUCCCCCCAACAUGGCCGCAGGCGUGGGAGUGGGAGUGGGUGGGGGUAACCUGUGGGCCAGUCUGGAACAGUACCGGAGGGAGAUCGAAGCCCAGUGUCGUCUGGAAUUCAACGAGAAGAUGGCACAGGUGAAGACGCACCUGGACGAGCAGAACAGCUGGUUGUCUAAUAUUGAGAGAGACAGGAGUGAACAGGAACACAGUCUCAAGAGAGAGUACAACAGACGCAUCUCAGACUUAGAGAUGGAAAUCAGGAAGUACAAGGAACUAUACGGAGUGACAAUCCCAAUUAGAGACAGCAGAGACUUCCACGCGUCUCCCACUACUGCCCAAGGAAGUGGGAGUGGGCUGGGGGAUGACCCUGAGCUGAAGAGGCUGCACAGUCUGCUGGAGAAGGAGAGGAAGCAGAGGGAGAAGUUGGAGAGCAAACUGGAGAAGAUGGUGGACAGAGACAUAGAUGCCAGGGCACACCUUCUUGCGGAGAGACAGCGAACGGCUGACGUGUCUUCCGCUUCCCAUCUGUCCCAGUCAGCAGCUGUCAAUCAAAGUAACAGUAGAAGGAACUACCUCAACCUCAAUCAUCUCUCUUCUUCUGCUGCUGCUGGAGGUCACACAUUAUCCACCCCUGUAUCACAUCAUGCUCAUGGACUCAGGACAAGCAGCGAGUUCGACGCAGUCUUAGAGAGGGUGAAGCAGAAGUUGGACAGCUCCAUUUCCAGGCAUCUAGGCACCACAAAGCUGGAACUGGAACUGUUCGGACAGCACCCCUAUGCUGCCUGGGAUAAGGGGGCCAACCACAGCGGAUCUCUUUACGGGUCCUCUGCGGGCAAUUUUGGGUCUCUAAACCGACACAGGCAUCCUCGGUACACAGGGGGAGCCAGUCUAAACAUUACUGGAGGGGGCGUGAAAUGAGUACACAGUAGAUACCUAACCCAACUUAAUCCAGUAAAUGGGGUUGAAAGGUCUGCAUUGGAUGGAACUGUUGGGAACCGUAAAAAUAUGACGAGGAAUAUAGGACUUAAUAAUCAAAUCAGUUAGCAAAUCAUCAACUGUUUUCUUCAUAUUUGUUGAUAUUUGAAAAGAUCGUUUCAUUUUGGCUUUCAAGGAAUUUUUUAUGGCGCUUUAUUGUAAAACAAAUUCCGAAACAAGCUGGUCGCUUCAAGGGAAACCUUCAAGUAGAUUCAUAUCAUGUAGUUCCAAGAAUAGUGAAGCUUUAAUUGAGAGUUCAUUCAUAAACAUGUUUCUGUUUACAACAUUUGUCUAUGUAAUCGUUACGGAUUUUCGAUUUGAUUAAUGAAGCACCAGAAAGUAUCUGGAUUUUGUGUCAUAGGAACCAGCGUGCUACAAGUUUCUUCGUUUGAAUGUCACUUGAAUGCAUCGCUGAGAUAUUGCUUUUGCCCAGCUCGCCUUUAAGUUUGUAAGUUAUUGCAGAUAUGUUUCAGUCUAUUGGAUUCGUUUUCCAAGAAUUGUACAAUUUGUAGCUAGAUAACUUUUAAUGAUAAAUUUUGCAAUGAUUAAAUUGGAAUAAUACCUAUUAAUGAAUUAUGGAUUAUAUUUUAGUGAAUUCAAGCUUCAGAUUAAA